ACGCAGAAAGAGGAGAGCAAAAGCAAAGAAGAAACUGAAAGAGUCACAAAGAUAGAUUAAAGAAGGAUCUAUUGAAAGAGAAAGGUUCAAAACAAGAAACAGCAAAGUAAAAAAAAACAAAGUGGACAUCAGAGACAAGGUGAGAUUGAGUCGACAAGGAAGCACAGGAACAGUUUGACCCACUGAAAUGGAAUCAAACAAACUGAGACAAACUUGGGAUUAUCAGUAACACAUCAUCUGAGCCGGACUUUCUCAAACAUGGUCUAACCUGGGAGUUUGCACACAUACACACGCACACACUUUCUACACACUUACUCACACACACACAUUCACGCACACACACACACACACACACACACACACACACACACACACACACACACACACACACACACACACAUACUCACAAACAUACAAACACACGCACACACAUACACACACACACACACACACACACACACACACAUCUGGCACAUCUGGUUUCCUGUUCUGAGCAGUCUUGGCAGUGGAUAGGAGUCAGAAUGCAGGAGUCUCCAGGUGCCAUGGGAGUAGAUGGCAGCUACGCCAGCAACGUUCCAGCCUUUCUCACCAAGCUGUGGACCCUGGUGGAGGAUCCAGACACCAACCACCUCAUCUGCUGGAGCGCUACUGGCACAAGCUUUCAUGUGUUUGACCAGGGACGCUUCGCCAAGGAAGUCCUGCCGAAGUAUUUUAAACACAAUAAUAUGGCAAGCUUUGUCCGACAGCUAAACAUGUAUGGAUUUCGUAAAGUGGUGAACAUUGAGCAGAGCGGUCUGGUGAAGCCGGAGAGAGACGACACAGAGUUCCAACAUCUGUACUUCCUCCAGGGACAUGAACACAUGCUGGAGCACAUCAAGAGGAAGGUAUCCAUUGUGAAGAGUGAGGAGACCAAAGUCCGUCAGGAGGACCUCAGCAAACUGCUGUAUGAAGUCCAGCUCCUCAGAACCCAACAGGACAACAUGGAGUGUCAGAUGCAGGACAUGAAACAGCAGAAUGAAGUUCUGUGGAGAGAGGUGGUCUCACUGAGACAGAACCACACGCAGCAGCAGAAAGUCAUGAACAAGCUGAUCCAAUUUCUGUUCAGCCAGAUGCAGUCCAACACACCCAGCACUGUUGGCCUAAAGAGAAAGCUGCCCUUGAUGUUGGACGAUGGCUCUCCCAGUCCUCCUGCCUCUAAAUUCAGCCAUAGUCACCCAAUGGAGGCCAUGCACGAGACCUUCUACAUCCAGUCGCCAUCCAGUGACACUGCUUCCUGCUCUACCAGUGGGCUGACAGGAGGACCUAUCAUAUCAGACGUUACUGACAUGUCUCAGGCCAGCAUGGCCCUCCAAAUGCAACCUGAUGAGACCAGGGAGAAGUGCAUGAUGCUCAUCAAAGAGGAGCCUGUGAGUCCAGGAGUGAGAGGAGCGGGGAAAGGAGGCGCGGUGGGGGGAGGCGAGGCUGUAGCACUGACCUCCUCCUGUGAGGUCUGCUCCUCUGAACCUCCAGUCCUACCUGUCGCAAUGGUCCAGUCAGUUCUGGAGGGGAGGGGCUCUGUGGUGGAGAGGAGGAGUAAGAGACCUGCUCUGGAAAGAGUGGAGGUUUCAGAUGCAGUGGAGAAUGUGGAUAUGAGCCUGGAGGAGCUCCAGCAGCUGCUGCUCAGGAGCCAUCAGCAGAAUGCUGUGGAAGCUGGGUCCAGUGCUGUUAUGGAUCCCUUCAGUUUAAGCCUGCCUCUAACAGAGUGGAACUUCACAGAGAUGGAGUCCAACCUCAAAUCAUACAUGUUCCAGAACCAGGAAGCCGAGGCCUUUCCACCGACCAGCUGUGAGGAACAGUGAUCAAUCUUUGAUCAUCUUUUCUAAAGGGCCACAGAAGCUGCCGUUUCCCCUCCUUAUUACUCUCUCGGCAUGAGCUGGAUCCCCCCCGGCCCUGCCCGGCUGUUUCCAACACGUGGCUUUAUUUAUUUUCUUCACAGUCAUGUAGCUACAUCAUGCAGCAUUGAAAACAAGCCUGUUUUCUUAUAUUUUCUGCUUGGAGACUGACAGUGGAUCCAUUAUCUACUGGUUCCUUUGGCCGUGAACACAGACACUGGUCUUUUCUCAAGUUUUUCAUAGUUAAACAAAUGAAGUGCGUUCUGACAUUAUUAUAUAUCGCCUCCAAUAAUAAGCCAGCUGGAUGCAGACGGUGCAUUCUUGGCUCCAGCACUUUAGUCUUUGUGUGAGAGGGAGUUCCUGCUUCUGGAAGUGACUAUUUCUUCCUUCUGUAUAAAGAAUUUAUAACGGAUGUACCAAUUCAUACUUUUGCUAUCUUAUCCUUAUUACAAACAUACUGUAUCUGUAUCAGAGAGAGACUGGCAUGAAGUUAAGGGCCAAUGUAGCAUACUGUAUAUUACAAUUUAUAUGAUUUUUAUUUGGUCAGUGUAAGAUUGUAGACAUUUUAAGGGCUUAUUAAUGCAUUUUAAAUGACGAUAAAUGUGUCCAGACAGAUCAGAGGUGAGUUAGCUUUUUGUGAAAUCUGUUAAGAAAACUUUUCAAAACGGUUGUUUUGAAGCAUAUCAUGAUAUGAGGCUACCAACACUCAAGAACUCAUCUAAUGUAUCUUUGCACAGGCCUGACAUGUAGCCCGAGACUUAGAGGAACUUCUCUUCUGUCCAUUUAAAUGUGAAGUUUAGAGAAAAUAUGAAAAGAUAGACUUCUCAUUUAGUGAAACCAUGAACACCACUGCAUUUUUGCACAAUGUGUGUCAUUAGCUCUAGUGUUAAUUUCUGUUUGUAAAUAAAGCAGCUCUUGUUGCUCAAGACAUGCAUGUGUCUUAAAGAGAUACUGGCUUCAAUUACAGGGUUUUCCAAAACUCACAAAGGACAAAUAUAGUCUAUAAUGACACUUUUGUUUGACGUAGGAUGAAUGUAAAGGCCCCCAGAUGCAAAAUCUGAAAGAAAAGGACAGAAACAAACAAACAACACUAAGCUGCCGAGGAGCCAGUCUUUUAAAAGAGAGAAUUUAUCACGGUGGAGUGGUUUCAUUAAACGUAUGGUGAGGUGGUGACUUGAGAAUUUGAUCACUUAUAGAACAAUGAAAACCUGCUUGAAAAUGCAUUUAAAUUCUCUGGAUGACUUAAAAAAAAAUUACAAGCUUUAACAGAAAAUUACAUUAAAUUUCAAAUAUGGUUUUAUAGUUAUUGGUUGCGACAAUGAAAAGACGAAUUCAUGGGAAACUUACUGGAGAUGAGUUGAAUUGUGCAAUACUGUACAGAACUGUGAGGAUCUCGAAAUUGCAAUACAUGGAUGACCAUAGGAAUGUAGGUAUAAGUUAAUGUGAGUGGUGGACUUGGAAAAAAACUGCAGAAAGAUGCACUGAAGAAGGAAGCCCUGCAAGCCCUUCACACUGACACCGAAACUGGGGGGAAAGAGAAUGUAUUGACAUGGAGACGAUAACAAUUUAAGUGUUUUAACAUGUUCGGAGAGGAUAUAUUCUCAGAAAGAGUUUCUUAAAAGUCACAUAUUAUUCUCCUUUUCAACUAAUUUAAAGUUUCAGAGCUCCCUAAAACUUGUCUGUGAAGUUUCUUGCCAAAAAUCCUAUCUAUCUAUCAGCCCUGCUCAGAACAGGCUGUUUCUGUGCCUGUAGCUUUAAAUGCAAAUGAGCUGUGUUUGACCACGCCCCCUCUCUGGAAGGGGAUGUGACUCAGGCUUUCUUGAACCAUGUUCUAUUGUUCUAUCUGAGAAGGCAGACUCAGAGGGCAGAACAAACACCUAGCUGUGGGAGUGUCACCCACCUGGGGGAGGGGUUACUACCCUUUGUGAUGUCACAAAGGGAAAAUCUCUAAACGGCCUGUUUGAGCACACAUUUUCUGAAAAGUGGGGGAUGGACUUUUCUUAUCAUUAGAGGGGUUCUAGACAGACUAGAGACACAUAAUUGUGUUUGAAAAACAUGGUAUUAUGUAUUUUGCAUAAUAGUGACCUUUAAAGAACUGAAGAGCAUGUUCAUUACGUCUCAUUAUUAUUGCCUCUGUAGGUCAAACACUUUUCGACACGGGGCUUCCUUCUCAGUGCAUGCUUCAGGGAGGAAGCAGGUAGUGGUGAAAUUGCACUAAAAAUCACAGUUGUAUGAGUUUGAGAGUAUUUUAGACAUUGCUCCUAUUCUUGUUCCUCAUGAUAAUAUGAGUGUUUAUGAUUUUAUUGAAGGAUUGAUGAAAAUAUACAUUCAGUUGCUGUUGUGUUCUUAAAUUAUUCUUAUUCUUUUAAUCAUUUGCACUGGAAAUGAAUGAAUGUGUGUUUCAAUGACAUUUAUGCUUGUCAGAAUUGCAGAUGGAUAAGGAUGUAUUGUUGUUAAAUGAGUGAACAGAUCUCUGCUGUAACGAAGCCUGGCAAUUCCAAAAACAUUUCUGCACUGAGAACGGUGUCUAUAGUACAUCAACAUUUAAAUGCAUCACAACAUGCUGCGUGUAGCAUCAGAAGAGAGACAGAGAAACCCUUUCUCCUCCCAGACACAUUUUAGUGCUAAGAUGUUUUUUUGAAAAUGGGCUGUGACCCACUGAACAUGUGAACUGUUUUGAAUUAAUUUUGCAAAGGCUAAAGUGUAUUGUAACAGAGACUUGAAUAACAUGUAUUCCAAAUGUAUAUGAAAUAUUUAAGUUGUAAAAACAAAUAAAGCUCUA